GUCUUUCCUGGUUCCUGAUUUGAGCGCCUGCUGGUUUAAUAGGUUGGCACCACAUACAGACUAAGUGUACGUCUUGUACUAACCCAGGAGAGCCAUCUGCACUGUAAGAGACUUCUUUACAACCCUUUAUCUUGUCUGAUUUGUUUUCCAUCAGCACUGCUUUGAAGCUGUUAACAUAAUGGACAAAGCCACGGUGCUGACUCACAUCUUGAAGUCAAGGGGCGUGGGGAGUGUUCUUGGUGGAGAGCUGCCUGCUAGUGUGAUAACCAACAAUAAAUACAUACACCCACUGACCAGUCAAGACCAGGGGACACAUGAAAACUUGCUUCCCGUUGACCAUGCCGUCUGCACAGCUCUGUCUGGUGAGAUGAAAGCAGUGACUCUCGUAGGUCCAGAGGGUUCAGGUAAAACCACCGCUUUGACCAAGCUUAUUGUGGACUGGGCAAACGGGCAACAUCUCCAAAACUUUUCUCACGUUUUCCAUUUCCAGUUCAGGGACUUAAAUUCUCUUGAAGGUGCACUUUCUUUGGAGGCUUUAAUCCAACAACAUCAUGUUCCUUCUGAGUCCAUGCCCUUGGUUCUCCAAAAACCUGAGGAUGUGUUGUUGGUUUUUGAUGGUCUGAAUGAAUACAAACACAGCCUGGACCCCUCCGUUCAUACCCUCUCCUCCGAUCCGAAACAGGCAGCCUCAGUGUCCUGUUUAGUGGCCAGUCUGCUUCACGGUUCACUGCUGAAAGGUGCUGCCUUUGUGGUAGCAACCAGGUCGACAGAGCAUCUGAAGUUUCUGAGUAGUACCCAGGUUGAGGUGUUGGGGUUUCUGAAGCCCCAAAGAGAAGCUUACUUUAACAGUUUCUUUACUGACCCUGCUGCCGCCAACAAAGCACUAACACACAUGGAAAGGACUCUCAGCUUUUAUGAUUUUUGUUCUGCUCCAAGAUUUUGUUGGACUGUGUGCUCCAUUUACAAGUCACUGAUUGAUUCCGGAGCAAAACUUCCUGAAACUUUAACUCAGCUGUUUGUACAUAUCCUGGUGCACUUGCUUCACACAUUGUCGCUGAAUGAAGCUUGCAACAGAGAGCUGGUGUUGGCCCUCGGCAGGAUGGCUUCUCAUUGCUGCCUUGAGCAACACUCAAGCUGCACCAAAGAGGAAAUGGAUUCCUUUGGUUUUCAGCCGUUCUUUACCUCAGUCGAUGUUUUCUUGCGAGUAGAUGGUGAGCUGGAGUCAGAUAAAUGUGUCUUCUCUUUCCACUCACAACUGAUGCAGGAGUUUGUCUUGGCGCUGUCUGUCUUUUUGGACAGGUCCACAUAUGUGGGUGUUGAAAAGAUCCUAGAAAGGCACAAAGACGGUGCAUACUUCAUAGAUUUCUUCUUCUCAGGGCUCUCAGAGCCAGUUCAGCGCAAACCACUGGAGAGCCUGCUGGGAGAGUUAAACUCUGACCAGAUCCAGGAUUUCAGAAGCUGGUUUAAAAGCAGCUCAGAGGCGGCAAUGAAGGGGUACAGUGCAGAGGAGCAUUACAGAUACUUCCAUCUGCUUCAUCAAGCUCAAAAUGAGGGUUUGGUAAGAGAGAUCAUCACCCCCUCAACACGAACAGGUAUCAGCUACAGCAAGAUGAACCUCCAGGACUCUGUAGCUCUGAAUUAUGUGGUCAUGUCCCUUGCCGAGAUGCAGGAAUUGAAUUUGUACAGUACAAAGAAUUUGACAGAGGAGAAGGCAGCAGUCCUAGCUCCAGCAAUGAGUCUUUCACACCUGAUAACAUUGUCACAAAGCUCCCUGAGUACUGGGGCUGUCUGUCAUUUGGCUUCAGCUCUCAGCAAAGGAGUCACCAGAGAGUUGGAUCUCUCUUAUUCCUACCUCGAUGAUGAAAAUUUUAAACUUCUCUGUACUGGACUCAGACUAAGCAAACUGCACACAUUACACCUUGCAGCCUGCAGCCUGACAGAGGCAAGCUGUGAAGACCUGGCCUCUGUGCUGACCUCCGGCACUUCUCAGCUGUGCUUCAUACAAUUGAGGCAUAAUGGGAUCAGGAAUCAGGGUUUUGAAACACUGUGCAAAGCAUUGCAUAGUCCUCACUGCAAACUACAGGAGCUCCAGUUACAACACUGCGACUUGACUGCACCAUCCAUGGAGUUCUUAUCGGCAGCUCUGUGUUCUGGUCAAUCGCAGUUGAGAAAAGUGGACCUGACGCAAAACCAGAUUGGUGACAACAGUGUGGAGGCUUUGUGCAAAUCCUUGCAACGUUCACUUUGUAAACUGCAGAGCCUCAAACUGUACGAUUGUGAGCUGACAGGAGCUUGCUGUACUCAUUUGAAGGAGGCUUUAAUGUCAGAGCACUGCACUCUGUCAGAGCUGGAUCUGUCAGUGAAUGAGUUGGGCCAGGAGGGGGCGCUACUCCUCUGCCAAGCCCUGAGUCGACCGGGUUGUCCAAUAGAAAGCCUUGGUCUGACACGAUGUGAGUUAACUCUGCUGGUCUUCAAGGAACUGGGCUCCCUGCUGAAGAAUGGGACUUGUCGGAUUAAAUCUUUGCUUGUAGGUUUGAAUGACGUAGGAGACCAAGGAGUUAAACAUCUUUUAGACGCUGUUGCACAUCCAAACUGCCGGCUAGAAGAACUGAAUCUGGAAAUGACUCAUUUGACGGAUGCCUCCCUUGAAGACUUGUGUGCCGCUAUAAGAGCCAGUAAGACUCUGAAGGAGCUGGAACUGAGAAACAACAUGCUGACUGAUGCUUCGGUCCCAGCUCUUGUCCAAGUCAUGCAGGACAGCGACAACAUGCAGGAGAUGAACCUGAAGUAUAAUGACUUCUCUGAAGACGUUUUUGACCUGAUGGAACAGUGCAGCAAAAUAAGAUACUGAAGAAAGCCCAUGAGUCCAUCCAUCUCACCAACUGCUGCAGGAUCACAUACAGUAUUGAUGAUUUUUUUUCUGGGUUUUUUUGGCCUGUUUCCUUAAAAACAGAAUUCUUUUGAUAGUUUGUUGAAGCCAAAAUGGUACCGAUGCACUGUCAGUGGGUCCAGCCUCUUGAAUAUAAAAUCUGUUCCUUUUUUUUAUUAUUUAUGUGAGAGUAAAUGAAAUGACUGUUUACUGAACCAGUUGAGCAAUAUGAUCAAUCUACAAUGAAAUUUAGGGAACUGGGAUUGUCUUUUUUUUGCUGUUCUGUGAAGUUUUAAUAACCGAAGGAUUUUUUUGAGAAACUAAUAGUCAUGUUAAGCAAUAAAGAACAUAAUCUACAGUCAAGUUCACCAGCCGCUACAUAAUAAAGAUCCCACAUAUUCAUCAAUGAAAUUAUAUUUUAUUGAGAAACCAUUUAGAUUUUAAAUAUUUUGGUAUUUGGUCUUAAAAGAUUACACGAAAAAAAAGCAACUUAUUAAGUCAGGUAUAGGCAGUGAUUUGUUGUGCGGCAGUAAAAUUUACCACCAGUUUUGACUAACAAACCCUAUUGACUUGCAUAUACAUUAUCUUCAGUUGCUAACUUUAAGAACACCCACACAUAUUGACGCACAGACAGACCACACACAUUCUCUGUCUACUCCUGAAAGCAAACCACAUGAGUAAACUUCACACUGUAAACCUGACUCAUUCAGUAGGACAUUGCUACGUCGCAUGGAAUUCUCCUGUUUCCAAGUCCUCUCUCCAUUCAGACAGCUUCGCAAAUCUCUCCUAGUGAAAAAAAAAAAAAAAAAGUCUUUUCAGAGUGAAAGCCACACUGGAAGAAAGUAUCUCCUUUUGGUCAUCAGUGGUCAUGAGUUUCUCCAUUAAGGCCACUGCUGUGAUUGAAGUUCUUUGGUUUUAGGCUGGUUUUAUUGUAACUGGAAUGAUUCUCCUCAUCUGAGCUGCUCUCUAUGUCACUGCGGUCAUCUUUGGACACCUGUAAUAGAAAACAAAUCAAAAUGACAGUUUUACUACCAUUAAUAAUGACAUGAGAGUUUUACAGUAACUAUUAAAACAAGACUCAAUAUCUACUCUCACACUAGCUGCUCUGUAAGCGUGCUGACAAUUACAUCGCUAACAUUCUGAUGUCAACCACGUGAUGUUCACAAUCUCAUUCUAACAUGUUAUUGUGCUAACAUUUGCUAAUUAGCAUUAAACACAAUAUACAGGUGAGAACGAUAGGAAAGCCACUCAUUGUACAGGUAUUUGGUCAGGAAAAGGCAUGAAGAAAUUGAGACUUUGGGCUGUUCAGAGUGCUAGAUAAUGAAGUAGAUGACAGGAUCACAAAGCUUUUCACCGUUUACCCUGAGUGUGACAAGCUAUAUAUGUAUACCAAAUUUUACAGUGAUCCAUUUGAAGGAAAACUUCACUUAACCAAACUUUUCCAGCUGCUGGUGACACCUUUAGAACCAAGGAGAUCAACAGCGUAGUAGGCUUCAUCCUCUGUGCAUCAAUAAUGGCAUCCACAUUAUAGUUUUUGCGCUUUGUUUAUAUUCAAAGCUUUUUCUUUGUUUGGUUUUUGGGGAUUUUUUUUUUGGUAUUUUCAGAGGAGGUUAUGUUCAGAGUUUGUGAUGUAAAUUGGCUAUAAGAAGCGGCAUCUUUAGUCUUUUUUUAUUUCCUGACCAUAUUCUCUGUCAGCGAUACUGACCCUCAGUUGAGGGAAUGCGUUAUAUCUGCAAACCUGUUGAUCUGUACAUUCAUAAUGCUAAUGAAUAAAGCUGUAACCUCAUAGCAGCAAAAACUUUGUUCCUUGUA